CUGGUAGGACAAGCCCCGCAUCAGCACAGCAGAGUCACACACCAGCCGACCGGCACGAUGGAUGGGCCACAUAAAGACCGCAGAAUGACUCACUUGUGGAUAUUGACGUUACUGAUAAUUGUUUAACGUCUACCACUGGAUAGAUAUCUCGGUUUUUUAAAACUUUUUUUUUCCACUUCUGGAUACGGAUUGCGGAGCUGGAUCUUAUACCUACAAGCUUUGGAAGGAGGAUUAUAUUUAUUGUGUACAGUUUCUUUUUUUUUUCACUUUUAAUUUUUGCUACUUUAAUUUGGAAUAGAAUUACUUUUUUUUUAGGAGGGUGAACUGAUUUCUGGGAUAAGAACAUUAAACUCUAAAGGAUGGCCGAUUGGUUCACCUCUGCCAUCGCAAUAGUUAUGAUGUUAUUUACACAGGUUUUGGGAUCAAGCGUGUUCGAGAUAGACCUUCACCACUUUCAGAAUACAAAGGCUUUGCUGGCAAACGGACGCAGCUGCAGCUCGGAGGGCUGCAGGACUUAUUUCAGGGUUUGUCUGAAGAAUUUCCAGAGGGAGGUGUCACCUGCUGGGAGGUGCAUAUUCGGCUCAGCGAGGACACCUGUCCUUGGCACCGACUCCUUCAGCAUCCAGCAGGACGCGACCGUGCGGCUGCCGCUCAACUUCACCUGGCCGGGUGCUUUCUCGAUGACUGUUGAAGCUUGGUAUUCUCCUGCAGCGGAGCAGCCCGGAGAUUCCAGCAACCCUGAAUUUUUAAUCAGCUCCUUUGCCAUCCAAAGCCAGCUGGCAAUAGGGCCUGAGUGGUCCCAGGAUGUGCAGACAGGGAUGGGGACGCAGACAGAGCUAAGGUACUCAUACCGAAUCGUCUGCAAAGAAAAUUAUUAUGGAGCCACCUGCUCCAAAAUAUGCACUCCAAGAGACGACCAUUUCGGACACUUCACCUGCACGACUGAUGGGGACAUAAGCUGCCUUCCUGGAUGGAAGGGAGAAUACUGCCAAGAAGCCAUCUGCCUUGAAGGCUGCAAUGAAAGUACUGGGAUCUGCAAAACACCAGGAGAAUGCAUAUGCAAAGACGGCUGGCAGGGACGCUUUUGUGAUGAGUGUAAACUCCACCGGUUCUGUAAACAUGGUACCUGCGAAAAGCCGAAUCAGUGCACCUGCAAAGAGGGCUGGGGAGGCAUCUUUUGUGACCAAGACCUGAACUACUGCACCAAUCACAAACCCUGUGCCAACGGGGCCACGUGCAUGAACACAGGAGAGGGUCAUUACACCUGCGCCUGCCUGCCAGGCUUUGCCGGAAAGAACUGUGACUUAGAGGUCAGGGAGUGUGACAGCAAGCCCUGCCACAACGGAGGCCGCUGCGAGGACUCAGACACAGGCUACACAUGCAUAUGCCCAAAUGGGUUUGAAGGGCCACGCUGUGAACACCAGAUACCGACUUGUGCGGACAGGCCUUGCUUCCAAGGUGGAAAGUGCAAAGAGAGGGACAACGGGCGGAGUUACAUAUGCGAGUGUCCACCUGGAUACACUGGACUCAACUGCGAGAAGAAAGUGGAUAAAUGUACCAUGCUGCAAUGUGCCAACGGGGGACAUUGUGUGGUCCAGGGUAACCUCAGAGUGUGCAGGUGUCGCUCAGGUUUCUCAGGGCUGCGCUGUGAGAUAAACAUAGAUGAAUGUGCCAGGAAUCCAUGUGCGAACGGCUCGACCUGCAUAGACCGCAUCAAUGACUACACCUGCAUCUGCCCUCCGGGCUACUUUGGACGGCACUGUGACAGGCCCACGAAACGCUGCGCCUCUCUGCCCUGCCUCAAUGGUGGAACCUGCAUCUAUGGAGCAACAGGCAAACCCACCUGCAUCUGUGCUGCGCCAUACAGUGGCCCCCAAUGCCAGGACAGCGACAAGCACCAGGCAAACACCCCAAGCCUGAACUUAGCUGCUGUGGGCUUGGGUGUUGGCCUGGUUACGGUUCUGGUGUUUCUCUGCAUAGCAGUGGUGGUAGUGUGCAACAGAAAAAAGCAGAAAGAGAAUGGGCCUGAGUCUAAGAGAAACAACCUCUCAAGGACAAACUUUCAGAAGGAGAAUCUUAUUUCUUCUGUUGAGCUAAAGAACAAUAACAAGACGGUUGGUCUGGAAGUGGACUGUCCCACUGAAAAGUUUAACUAUAAAUACAUCAACAGCUUUCCGCUGGACUACAAAUCCUCCAUGAGGUACAAGGAUGAACUGUCCCUUCUGGGAAAAGAUGAAAACUGUGAAAAGACUUUAGAAGAAAACAAGGAUUUAAGUAGGAUGUACAGUGAACGUCCCAACUGUAGAAUAUCAACAAUCUCUUCCUCUAAAGAGUCAGUCUAUCAGUCUGUCUUCGUAAUAGGAGAAGAGAAACAAGAAUGCAUCAUUGCAACUGAGGUAUAAUAAUCAGAACGUGUUUCUCAUUGUGAAGAUUGGAUCCCUUGAGGACUGUUUACACGUGUAAAGAGACUUGGAUUUAUUUAAAAAGCAAGUUGCUGCUGUUGAAAACUUGAUAACUGGAUGUGCUGUCUGACUAUAACUGAACUGAAGCUAAUAAUCCUUUGAGAAUGUACAGACUGAAGCGAGAAAAAUCAAAGCCCACCGAUCCACCUUUGACCGUCGCAAAUCAGCCCCCCUGACCUCUUCGACCAGCUCAACGCCUGGGCAAGAACAACAAGAAGUCACUGUUUCUGUGCUGGUUGGGACAGGAGAACUGUUCUCUCAAAUCAGAUGUAGCACGAGUCAGGCUUAUUUCUAUUCUUUGUGACCUGCACUGUACUAUGCAAACAAAAAGUGGACACAAAAAAAAAAUACUACUGAAAACGGUUCAUUUUUAGGGGUUUAUUUAGGAUUUCUGUAAAGCAAAUCGUUUUUGAUAAAGAAUGUAUGAUCACAAAAGCCUUAAAUAUAUAUUUGUGUGUAUGUCAGAAAACAAUUUUUGCCCUGCCUUAUCUCAAAUUCUUUGCACAGCAUCUUUAAGGUAACCAUAAACAAUCAAAAGAUGCAAAAAAAAGAAAGAAAAACAGGAAAAAAACACUAAAAGACGAUGCAAGGACCUACAUGUCUGUUUUAUGCAAGUUCGCCCUGAUAAAGACAAAGACACACGUGAAGUGACUAUCACACCAAGGACGCCUUCAGUGGAAAAUACUGAACCAAUAAUGUUAUUUUGUAAGAUUAGUAUUUCAGUAGUAAUUUAAUUAUAUGAAGCACUGAUCGUUUUACGUUUUAUAGGAUUGUUUUGUAUAUAAUGUAUAUUUAUAUGUUGAGAUUAGUUGUGUUUUAAGUUGAUGCCACCAAAAAGGCUAAUUUGUUUUUUUUUUUG